GAAUUUCUCCACGUGAUGCUGUGUGAGGACUCGCUAAGUGAGCUGAGCUGAUUGCUGCUCUAAGUCCGGGUGGCGAAUUCGCAAGAGAUUCAAACAAAGUCGCUAGCCGAGGUGAACAGUCUUCGCCUGACCUUGUCAAGAAGUGGUAGUAGCCACUCUCCUCGAUCUUCCUCUCCUUUUGGGAAGUAAUAGACACUUUUGAAGAGCAGCCGGCCCGUUCGAGUUCCGAGUGGCUUCCUCUCUGGCGCUGCGUGAGAUUUUGGUCAACAAAGAAGCUUAAAAAUGGCAUCAAAAGAAGAACUUAUGAAUGAUGAGCGGUUUCAUCAAAUUACAAAGGACCCUAGAUUUUGGGAAAUGCCAGAAAAGGACCGAAAAAUUAAAAUUGAUAAGAGGUUUCGAGCAAUGUUUCAUGACAAAAAGUUCAAGUUGAAAUAUACUGUGGAUAAAAGAGGCCGUCCCAUAAAUCAUAGCAGUACAGAGGAUUUGAAACGUUAUUACGACUUAUCAGAUUCAGACUCUGAUCUCUCAGAUAAAGAUAGUGAUGCAUCAAACAAAAAGAAAACAAAGAAAAAGAACCAAACAACUAAAAAAGGAGAUUCAAAAAAAUUACUGGAUAUGGAAAAAAGCAACACUGUUAAGCCAAAGGGAGACUUUGGACAUGCGAAGGAGACAGAUGAUUAUGAAAAUAUUUGGAAAACACAGCAUUCAAGCAGAAUUAAAAAAGUGCAUGCACAAAAUAAUCUGCAAAAGGAUGAAAAAGAAUCCGCAAAUAAAGACAUAAAGAAUCAAAAAGAUGCACGCUUUGAUGCAGACACGUCAUCUAGAGGAAAACUAAAGAUAUCAGAACUGGAUAAUAAUAAAAUUGUGAAAUCUUCCAAGGUGAAGUUCCCUAAAGAGAAAGAGAAAUGUGAUUCAGACAACAGUGAUAUUUAUUUAGAUAUCAAUGAGUCUGAUGAAGAUAAAUUGGAGGAAGAUACCGAAGAUGAUGAACAGUCAGAAGAUAGGAGUACAGGAGAUAAUGAGGAAAUCUCAGAAUAUGAAGAUGAUGAUGAUGAAAGUGAUAGUGGCCCUGAUCUUGCUAGAGGAAAAGGAAAUAUUGAAACUAGUUCAGAAGAUGAAGAAGAUGAUAUGACUGAAUUUUUUCCUAAGGAAUCUAGUUUCGAGCAUGCAUGGAGAGAAUUAGAUAAAGAUGCCCCUCGGGCAGAUGAGAUUACUCGUCGAUUAGCAGUUUGCAACAUGGACUGGGAUAGAUUAAAGGCUAAAGACUUGCUGGCUCUAUUCAAUUCAUUUAAACCUAAAGGUGGUGUCAUAUUUUCUGUGAAGAUCUAUCCUUCAGAAUUUGGGAAGGAGAGAAUGAAGGAAGAGCUUGUUCAAGGACCUAAAGAAUUACAAAGUAUUCCUGAGGAUGCUCCUGAAAAAGACUGGACCUCCAGAGAAAAGUUGAGAGAUUAUCAAUUCAAGAGACUAAAAUACUUUUAUGCAGUUGUAGACUGUGAUUCUCCAGAAACAGCCAGUAAAAUUUAUGAAGACUGUGAUGGACUGGAAUUUGAAAGCAGCUGUUCCUUUGUGGAUCUGAGGUUUAUUCCAGAUGACAUUACAUUUGAUGAGGAGCCAAAAGACAUAGCCUUAGAAGUGGACAUAACAACAUAUAAACCCAAAUAUUUUACAUCUGCAGCAAUGGGAACAUCAACGGUAGAGAUCACUUGGGAUGAGACUGAUCAUGAAAGAAUUAAAACACUAAACAGAAAUUUUAAAAAAGAUGAACUUCUUGACAUGGAUUUUCAAGCCUAUUUAGCAUCCUCCAGUGAUGAUGAAGAGGAGCCAGAAGAAGAGCAACAAGGUGAUGAUGGAAUCAGUGAGGCAGAAGAUACUAAAUCUAAGAAGAGCCAAAAGGAUGAUGAUGAACAAAUUACAAAGUACAGGCAACUUUUGCAGCUGAUUCAAGAAAAAGAAAAGAAAUCCAAAGACAAUGACAUGGAAAUGGAAAUUAAAUGGGUUCCAGGUCUUAAAGAAAGUGCUGAAGAGAUGGUCAAAAACAAGUUGGAAGGAAAAGAUAAACUGACUCCUUGGGAACAAUUUUUAGAAAAAAAGAAAGAGAAAAAAAAACUGAAAAAGAAGCAGAAGCUACAGUCUGUUAAUGAAAAAGAGACCAGUGAAGAUGAGCUUCCAUCUGACAUUGACUUGAAUGAUCCUUACUUUGCUGAAGAAGUUGGAAAAAUAGGUACUAAGAAAAAAUCCAAAAAAAUCUCCAAGGAUGGACAGUCUCCAGAAGAAGAAGCUGAGGCUGAAAGACAAAAUGCUGAAAUGGCUUUGCUUGUGAUGGAUGAUGAAGAGGAUGGCAGGAGACACUUCAAUUACAACAAGAUUGUAGAGCAACAGAACCUGAGCAAAAAGAAGAAGAAAAAACUCAUGAAAAAGAAUGAACUAUUAGAAGAUGAUUUUGAGGUGGAUGUUUCAGAUACUCGGUUCCAAGCAAUGUAUACUUCCCACUUGUUCAACUUAGAUCCUUCUGAUCCUAAUUUCAAGAAAACAAAAGCUGUAGAAAAAAUCCUAGAGGAGAAGGCUCGACAGAGAGAGCAAAAACAAGAAGAACUUACAGAGGCAAUAAAGAGAAAAGAGAAUGACCUGCAAAAGGAGACAGCAAAGAAAUCCCUAGAUCCUGCUUUGUCAAUGCUAAUUAAAUCUGUCAAAAACAAAACACAGGAGUUUCAAGCAAGGAAAAAACAGAAAGUCAAAUAACUUGUUUAUUUUGGUACAUCCUAAAUGCAUUCUCCUAAAUUGAAAAAAUAAAUUAUUUUUAAUGUCUGAAACACUUUCUGGCAUAGGAAUUAAAUUUUGAUCCUGCUGACUGUUUUUAUAUUUUCUCCACGAAUAAUCACGGAAGCAUAGAUUUAGAGCUGAAAUGAGUCUUAAAGGCCAACCUGUUCAUUUUGCAGAUGAGAGAACUGAAGCCCAGAGAGGUUGUGUCUUACUCAGCUAGAAAGAGCAGAGCCCUUCUCUACAAAUCCAGCAUGCUUUCCAAAUGUACCAUUUGCCUACAGGUUUUGUGUCUUUAAACACAAAAAUUUCUUCUUUAAGUAUAUAUGAACUUGAAAUUUUUUUUCAUAAAAUCAAGUUUGAUAGUGAGAAUCAGUAAAAUAGAUUUUAAAAGUUUAAUUUGUGAAAAAUUGGAAUUCUAUAGAAUCUUAUAAGCUUGUUAGGACUAAUUUGAUAUUAUUUAUUUAUUGUGGCAAAUCAUCAACAAAUCAGUCUGGUUAUAGUAACCUGGAAAUCUCUUAAGUUCUCUGUCUAACCUGAAAGGUUAGUCAUUGUAUCCUGGUAGAAUACUGGCCUUGCAGACAGAGGGACUUGGAUUCAAAUUCUGCCUCUGUAACACAAUUAAGUCUUUUAACCUCUCUGAGCCUCAGACACCUCUCUUAAACUUAUCCAGUACAUUCUGUACAGGUUGCAAUCUGUAGUGGUGGUGCAAGUUCCCAUUGUUAGCUAAUAGGCUGAUAGUUUGACCUAUUGACCUCUUUUAAGAUAGUAAUCUAAGACCUUUCUUUGAAACUUAUAUACGGUUUAUAUAUAUAUUUAUGAAUUGAAAUUUUUUAAUCAACAUUUGAAGUCUUUUUGUUUAUUUGUUCUGCUUUACGGAAACAAGUCAGCCAGUGGUAAGGAAGUAGAUUGUAGAUGACUUUCUGAAGAAGGUUAGCAGAGAAGGGGAGGAAACACAUGGGAAAGGAGCUAGACUGAACAGAAGGAUCAAGGAAUGUCUCUCACCUUUUCUCAUUUAGGGGAAAAAUUCUGGAAAAUGAAUUCAAACAGGAGAAUAUCAUAGUCAAUAUGAAAAGGAAGUUCAUAUUUCUAAUAACUGUUUGAAAUGUUGGUGAAGUCUUCUCCAGUGAUUUUUCUUUUUACAGAAGUGGAGAAUUCUUUUGUCUGACCUUCAGCUUUAUGAUGGAGUACUUUUAAAUAGGUGGGUAUUACUGCUAUAAAACUUAGGGAAAGUCUUCAAUUUUUGAUCUUUUAAAUCUUUGGUCUCAUCUAUUUUAGGUCUUAUCAACCUAUAACUGACUACAGAUAAGAGUCAGUAUUGCACUUCAAUAAUAUAUACAUAAAUAAAAUUGGAAUGGUCAGUAGGAGCAAAUACUAAAUGUGGUGGUUUCAGGAAUGCAAAAGAAGUUUGGCUGGGUUUGGGGUUAAUAGUAAACGUGGCAUAUUUGGUAUUAAAAUUCAAGCUUGCAGAUGUGGCAUAAUUUUGUAGUAUGUGGGGAUGCAAAACUCAUUAGUGUGGUAUCAAAGAAGAAAAGGAAUUCGAAAAGCCUUUGAGCAGGAAAAAAAGAUGGAAUAUUUGAACUGUUUAGCGCUAGUUGCCAGAACUUUGGAAUGCCUGAAAAGGGAAUUGUUUUUAUUAUAAAGCUGUGACACCAUUAAAUUACCCAAUUGUAUUUACCAGUUGGCUUUACCCAUUUUGGUUUUAUAUUUCCAUCUGUCUAUAUUAAAUCCUAACACUUGCUUAAA